UCUUCUUCACUCGAUCGCCGCCACUACUUUCUUUGAAAACUUAAUUGAAACCUCCAUUAUUUCCACCAUUAUUUACUGGCUGCAAACUUCAUUUACAAAUCCCUAUAAAACCUCCCUUAUUCCCACCAAAUUCACAACAAACUAAAACUCAUGGAAAAAUACUCCGAUUCCGAUAUUACUUUCCGGCCACUGAAAAUCUCCGACAGCGUCGUCUCCGUGAAAUGGUACAUGGACGAGAAGGUGAGGCUGGCGGCGAACGCGGUGUUCAUGGACUGGGGCCACCGUGAGGCGGUGGUGGACGUGGAGAACGUGGCGUCGCAGCAGGUGAUGGAGAAGGGCUGGUUUAUGAGGAAGAGCGCGGAUCCACCAGGGGGCUACUGCAGUAUCCAGUAGUAUUUCAUGGUUUUGUGAGGGGAGGAAGUAUGGUUUUAAUAAAGGUGAUAUUAGAGAUAUGUUUAUCUAUAGUUUCUUGAGAAAUGAUCAAAUUGGUAUCAAGAAGUGAACCUAUGUUGGUGUAGUUGUUUCUAUUAAAUUUUAAAUAAGACGCACGCAUGCAGCAUGCAUGCGUGCAUGCUCUCACUUUCAGUUACGCUAGUUCACACGCUUGUUUCGUGUGCUAUAUAUAAGGUGCAUGUACCUCUUGUAUUUUGUUUGAUAUGCAUUACGCAUAAUAAAAUUCUCUCUUCCCUCAAA